UAACACAAACCAAACUCUGCAUUGCAUAUACAUACAAACAAGUCCACGGCAUAUGUACCACCUGCAAUCGUCCCCCGAAAUCUCCGUCUAUGCACGCAUCUAUGAUGUGUAUGCAGGUGAAUCUAAUUCCAGGAACACAAGACGCGAAGACCGUUUCGUUCCGGCGCACACAUAUACACACACACACUUACUUUUCCCGUUAUCGGCAAAUGCACAUGCAAGUAAGAGAUUUGUCCAGUCCGUUCGCUUACUCGUCUAUCGCAUGCGCGCACGCGAGCGAGCGGACGGGGGCGGAGUAGCCGUACGUACUGUACGAUGGGAGGGAAUAGGUAUUGCCAAUAAGACACCAAUUGGACCAGGGUCGGAGAAGUCGAUACACGCACGCGGUGUGUGUAUACGGAAGGAUUUGGUAGCUAAGGCAAGGUAA